AAUUCGGAAGUAUCAAGUUGUUGAAACGACGGCGUUUUUCAUCAACGGCACUCCCGCGUCCAGACUCAUUUCAAAAACAUCUCUCUUUCUGCCUGUCUCGGUAUUGUCAAUAGAGUUCAAUCACAGUUAAUUCUAUCAUGGGUUCUAGAGCAGGUAGAAAUAGAAGUGAAGUUGAUUUAUGGGCAGAGAUAAUAGCUGAAGAGACAAAUUACAAGGAUCAGAAGAAUAUUAAAGUGUUUUACAGAAGGAGACGCUCCCAAGAGACCCUUCAAGAUUCCAUUUCUCAGAAUCAAGCAGACUCAGAUAAGGAGAAUCGCGUGAGUUUGGGUGCUGCUGCUGCUGCCGCUCCCAAGAGAGUCAGUUGGAAUCGUUCACUUUCUAUCAGAGGGAGAGUCAGUAUUGCUGUUACUGCUUGUGUUGACAAUCGACCCCAACAAAAGCAACCAAAAAGAAAGGGAAAGCCACCUGUUCCAAAAAGAAAGGCUGAUCAACCUCCAAAUUUUGAGAAAGAGAGAGCAUACUUUCAAGAGGUUGAUGCUUUUGAGUUGCCGGAAGAGAGCCCCUCUCCCAAAAACUUUGGUACAUGGAUCACCGGCAACCAAUCUGAUAAUGUUGCGAUCCCACAUUUGUCAUCCAGGUUAGAGAGUUGGUUGAUUACCAAGCAGUUAAAGUUGAACGAGAGUUCUGCACCAUCUACUGCGCUGUCAAAGUUAUUAGAAUCUCCAAGGAUGCCGUUAGAACCUAUUUGUGCUGAUGAUUUCAACACUAUAAAUUUGAUAACCCCAGUAAAAUCUUCCUUGAAAACCAAUUCAAAUCUGCAUUCUAUGCAAAACAUUAUAAAUUUGAUAACCCCAGAAGAAUCUUCCUUGAAAACCAAUUCAAAUCUGCAUUCUAUGCAAAAAAGAAUCAAUGCUUAUUUACUCAAAAAGUCAAAUUCACGAAACAGCAACUCUGUGUUAUCACGUCUGCGUGAUGAGGGCUGUAAGGAUAUUGAAUUGGCAGUGAAGAAACUAUCACUAGCGUCAACGUCUACUUCGGCGGAUAAUGACAAUGUGGAUCCAUUUUCUUCACUUUUGGCAUACUGUGGACAGUCGGUUCCAUCAACUCUGCUUGAUGUCAUCUCCAAAUAUUGCAACCCAAAUGAUAUUAUUAAAGUGGGGGAAGGAACAUAUGGAGAAGCCUACAGAGUUGGCACUACCGUCUGCAAAAUUGUUCCAAUUGAUGGAGAGUUGAGAGUAAAUGGGGAAGUACAAAAGAGAUCAGAAGAACUUCUUGAGGAAGUUGUACUUUCUCGAACUCUCAAUCAUCUACGAGGGAAUGAUGGUGAUGCCUGCAAUGCAUGCACAACAUUUAUUGAGACCUUAGAUUUAAGGGUGUGCCAGGGUCCUUAUGACAAUGCAUUGAUUAGAGCAUGGGACAGGUGGGAUGAUGCACAUGGAUCAGAAAAUGAUCACCCUAGGGGAUUUCCAGAGAAGCAGCGUUAUGUUGUAUUUGUACUACAACAUGGGGGCAAGGACCUUGAAAACUUUGUUCUAUCGAACUUUGACGAGGCUCGGAGUUUAUUGGUUCAGGUUACGUCUGCCUUGGCUGUUGCAGAAGCUGCAUUUGAAUUCGAACACCGCGACCUGCACUGGGGAAACAUUCUGCUAAGUCGAAAUGACUCUGCUACAGUGAAGUUUAUCCUUGAGGGGAAGGAAAUGUUUGUCAGAACAUAUGGAUUAGCGAUAUCAAUAAUUGACUUUACUCUCUCAAGAAUUAAUACAGGUGAAGAUAUACUCUUUCUGGACCUAUCAUCAGAUCCUUAUCUCUUUAAAGGUCCAAAGGGUGACAGACAAGCAGAAACAUACAGAAAGAUGAAGGAGGUAACGGAAGAUUGCUGGGAAGGAAGUUUUCCUAGAACAAAUGUGUUGUGGCUACUGUACUUGGUGGAUAUAUUAAUUCAGAAGAAAUCAUUUGAACGUUCUUCGAAAAAUGAGAGAGAAUUGCGGUCGCUCAAGAAACGUCUGGACAAGUAUAAUUCAGCCAAAGAAGCUAUUUUUGAUACUUUCUUUAGUGACUUGCUUGUAGAUAAUUCUGUAAAAAUUUGAAAGGAAAACUAACUGCUCAUAUUCUGAGUAUUGUAGGCCUGACUUACUGUUAACAGAUUCAUAAUCUAACAGAUCAACUUCAAGAGUUGUUCUCAUA